AAUUCCUCAAAUGGGCCAGAUCACGGGAAUAUCAGAGAACACCUACAUGAGUGUCGUGUUUGUUUUGACGCAGGGUUUUUUGCCUGGUGCUUUUUCAAAAGUACAUGAGAGAAUGGGAAGGAGGAGUUAAGCAACUCCUCUCUGGUUCCAGAACCGGCUAUCCGUGGGCGAAAGCUUUGCAAGGAAGCGCUUCCGUUGCGACACUCUCAGCUGAUGCCUGGCUGGCAGCCAGUCAGACCCUGGAUAGGAAUCCAUCCUUCGGACGAGACAGCCAUUCACAGUGACUACCGAAGCGACAACCGCACCCAAAGAGAGGCAGGAAACCGCUGCGAAGAUUUGAAUGAGCGUCUUCCACCUGCACUGGACGUGAGCACCCACGAGGCGGAUCACGCCGAGGGUGCAAGCUACAGUCAUCCACUCCCAACCAGCCAGUCGUAGGCGCUUCCUCCUCUCAGGCCUUGGCUCCGCCUCGCGUCGCCUGAUUGGACCUUUCGAACUGUGCGGGCAGACGUAGGCGAAUGAAUCAAGGCAGAGCUGAAGCUGCAAGGGGGUUUGUUGCUGCCGCUACUGCAAUCACAUUGGUGCCUGGCAGAUGAUGGAUGGGGGAGAUUGAGUCGGGGGGCUAUUGCCGUGGAAGUACUAUCACCAUGCAGCAGCCCGUUCAGGUGUGGUUUGGAGAGGAUCCCCCUCUAAGUCCACGAAGUCCACUGACUCCAAGGCACGGUCCAGGCUUAGCUGAUGUUUUGCUCUACGACCAGUGGAUAUCUGUCCGACAUGAGGCAACUCUGGUUCCUAUGCAGGAGGAUCUGUCCAUCUGGCUCUCUGGCUUGUUGGGGAUAGAACUUACAGCAGACCAAUUGUUGGAAGAUCUUGAUAAUGGUGUGUUACUGUGUAUGUUGGUUGGAGUCAUUCAAAACACAAUCAAGCACAUUUGUGACUCAAAUGAUUUAAGAGAUUUCCCUUUGAGAAAAGUCCCCUGUAAGAAAGAUGCGCCUUCAGGAUCCUUCUUUGCUAGAGAUAACACAGCCAACUUUCUCAAAUGGUGCCGCUCCAUUGGCGUGGAUGAGACUUAUCUCUUUGAAUCUGAAGGCUUAGUUCUUCACAAGGAUCCAAGACAAGUGUACCUUUGUCUACUAGAAAUUGGUCGCAUCGUAUCAAGGUACGGAGUUGAACCUCCUGUUUUAGUAAAACUGGAGAAGGAAAUUGAAUUGGAAGAGACCUUGUUAAUGUCUCCUGAUACUGUUGCCCCCACCAUUGCUCCCAAAUCAUGUUGCCAACAUGGAGAAUUACACGAGGCAGUUAAGCACAUCGCUGAAGACCCUCCUUGCAGCUGCUCUCAUAGGUUUUCAAUUGAGUACCUAUCUGAAGGACGCUACAGAUUGGGUGACAAAAUACUAUUCAUACGAAUGCUGCAUGGCAAGCAUGUCAUGGUACGUGUUGGUGGAGGUUGGGAUACUCUUCAAGGUUUUCUACUCAAGUAUGAUCCUUGCCGGGUGCUGCAAUUUGCCACGUUGGAACAAAAAAUUUUGGCUUUCCAAAAAGGUGCAUCCAGUGAGACUGUACCUGAUUCAUCUGCUAGAGCUCCACAGCCUCCCCUCAUGAAUCCCAUAUCUGCAGUUGAUACAUAUCAGAAACAAAAUUCAAAGCCCUCAACUCCUGUUUCAGCUCCAAAGACUCCACGUGCAGCUAACAGAAAGCAGACAAUGGUUAGGUUUCCACAAUCAGCUACUCUUUCUUCCCCCAAAGUAACAAUGUGUCCCUCACAUACAAGCCGAUUUGUACCAGGCCAUCCCAAAUUGAAAAGCUUAGCAGUAAAUAACAAUCUGCCAUCUUGCAAAUCUUCAACAGCUGCUUCAAAAAAAUCAGCAGCCCCUUCUCAUAAAUUAGCUUCUGUUUCAAAAUUUGCACAACCUAUGAAUAAAGGUUCCUCAUCUUCCUUGCUGAGAACUGCUGUAACUUCAGAUUCACUUCAGAAGUGUAUUGCAUCUCCAGUCAAACUUGCACAUUCCCGGAAUUCUCCACCUAUGUCAGAUCCUGCCCUUUCUUGUUCAACAAGUACUCUUUCUGAACUACCUGGAACAACUAAAAGGGCGGCCAUGAAACAAGAAUUUGCUUCGCCUAACAGUAGAGCUAGGCUCAAUGCCGCAGCCAAAUCAAAAACGUUAGCAAACUCUACAAGGCCAAAUAACAGGAAUCUACAUGACCCUAAGCCAACUUUCUCUCAACAGUCUUCUGCAACACCAGCAAAAACAGUUCCCCAAACUACCACUCAGACAUUACCAACACAGUUCCGGUCACCCAGAGGCCUGCCAGAAAUUAAUCAGGCCAAAAACAUCAAAACUGCUGCUAGCAUCACCUUGGUUACAGCUGGUAAAUCAACACAAUUGACGUUAGGAUCCAGGAGUAAAAAUGCAUUUUCGUCUGUUAACAAUCAGUUGUCAGCCAAGAAUCUUCUGGUCCAAAGUACCAGGGUGAGAACUCAAGUAGGAUCAUCUAUGUCAAAACAUCCUGAGCGUACUCCACUGUCUGUUGUGCGUCUUCCCCAAACAUCAAUCAAAGCUGAAACCAGAAGAAAUAAUAUGCAGGAUGUCAACAAAGGUCAAUUGGCGGUUAAAGCCUCUCAGAAUGAUAAAAUCCUUACAACCACUAAGAAUCCUCUUUCAAAAGUUAAGACUGCAACAGUAACAACUAAGGGGACACCUAGUGGCGUAAAGGAUCCAACACUGAAGGCUAAACAAGAUGAUAAUUAUUUUGUUAUGAGUGGAAAUAAGAAACUCAAAAAGAUAAAAUAACCAGGAAUUUUAACUGUUGAUGGUUCUCUGCUCUUCCUGUAGCUACUUCAUCCAUGAGAAGACUAAUGUUUAAAUAACAAUAUGGUAAUCAAAAUGCUAACUCGCUUUUUAAAUAAUGCAGUUUGGUAAGCUCUGUUAAUUGGCUAAGAACAUUUAUCAAAACAUACCAGUCUUCCCUAGUUCAUUGAUCAGCACAAGACAUCUUACUUUUACCUGCAUUAGAUACAUCUUGGUCCAUUUCUCACAUUCAUGUUUGAUGCAACAAAGUGCUUGCAAAAUGUUUGUUCUUCUGUUUCACAUGGCAGACAUUUCUGAAUAAGUUUCUUUCACUCUUCAGAAGAAACAUUUGUGUAUUGAUUAAUCACAAGAACAUUUUGUCUGAAGAUACUUUUUGUCAAAAGUGAGUGUGGGAAUUCAGCCUUCUUGUAUCUAAACACUACUUUCAAUAAGAGUAAGAUGCAAAUAAGUCUUUCUUUUUUUUACUAUAAACUAACUAGAAAUAUUCAUCUUGGCUGAGUAACUUUAUAUUGAGAAGGGAUCAGGCUGGGUUUUGUUGUUAGUUUUUUUUGCUAAUUUUGAAUGUCCCUGAACAGAAAUUCUUAAUUAGGCUAUCUCCAACACUGUUGUUGUUUAAAACUAUGUAAGUCCCAUUUAAACUUUCAGUACUAUCAGAUCACCAAGAACACUUCGCAAAUCUUGGCCUUAAAACAUCACUUUAGUGCCUCAGUACAUGAUGUGCUCUGUCAUAUCACAGGAUAGUGUAAAUAUUUUGGUCCAGAUGUGUGUUAAAGUUUUUUUUUAAUAUGGGCAGUAUUCAGCUCUGUGCUGAUAUCAGAUGCACUUAAGCAAAUGAAACUCUGGAUAUGAUUGCACAGGAACCUUUUAGUGAACACUGGUGCUGUGUGACUCUUCUCCAUGUUAGUCUUUCUAAUAUGAGGGGAGUUUGUGCAGCCACAAUGCUUAAUGGGUGCAUGCUUCAAAUGCAUUAGCCAAACCUCCCUAUGGGAGGAAAACACCCUCUAGAAUUCUAGGAAAUAUGCUUGUGUCUGCAAAUGCAGGGGAGCAACCUUUAGAUAAUAUGAUUUACAUUUGUAAGCACAAUUAAAAUGCCUUUCAAAUAAGCUGCCUAUGUGGUUUUUUAUAUUUGUAUUUUCACAUUUUCAGUGCUAGCUAUAUAAUUCAGUACUUGAUGCAUAUUUUCACAACAUAACCUGUCAUAUGUAACUAACUUUGGAGGGAAAAUAGCUGGAUCUAAAUUCAAGCAAAAUGGUGGUAAUUACCUGCAUGUGUAUACUUGUUUGUGUACACCUGUACUUCUUAAAGCAGUAUUCUAAGACAUUUGUCUUUUUUAAAAAACUGUUUGCAGCUACUUGUCCAUACAUUUAUUUUAAUGUGCGAGAAAAGCAUUAAUUGUUAACUGUGAGACUGCAGUCUCUUGCAAAAUGUCUGCCUGUUAGGCUGCUUAAUAUUGAAUUAUGUCUCUAAUUGCAAUGUGCAUUGCCAACAAAGGUGAAAAUGAUCCUUCUCACUCUAUGAAGUCCUGGUUUCUGCCAAAAAUCACAAAUUGAUGCCAUUGUUGAAUUGAAGCUGAAAUAACCAGUCAUGUACCACCAUCUCCUCUCUGAAUCAACUCUAGUUGAACUUAACAAAGAAACUCUUGCCUGACCUGACCAGACCAGAUGAGGUAGAAUGUGGAUGAUGAUUGCAUGUCCUGAAUGUGCAUUCAAAUGCAUAUCUCACUGAAAAUAAUGCCUUGUGUACAAGCAGUAUAUCCACAGUCAGGUUUACAUUCUAAUAAUGCACAGCCAAUUUACACCCAUGGUCCUUGAUUUAGCACACAGUACUUGCACAAAAACCUGCUUAUGCACACACAUUCCCUUAGCUGGAUCAGAGUGGCUAGUUUUAUAAGGCAUCUAUAUAACUUUUACAUAUGGGGCAGUGGUUGAGAUACAAAAUAACUUGUGCCUGAAAACUGUACAUUUAUUUAUUUGAAAACUGCACUGAAAAGGUAUGCACAAAUCAUUGUCUAAUAUUUAGUGGCAAUAACAUGAACAUUUAUUUCUGCCAUUCCAGUUUCAAUUAUUAUGGAUGGUUUUUUUUGAAAAGCCAAUAAACUACUGCUGCAAUCUA